UUAGUUACAACGGGUCUAACAUAACAGAACGACACUAUAUGAUGGCAAUAGUUCUCGAGGAUUUCGCGAGUUCCUCAAGUACGGCAUCCUUUAGUGCAGCACCUCUUCAGUUUCUGGUCAAAAUUUAUUCUUCUGGUGAGGGAUGUAACGCUAGACCCACUUUCACUGCCGACACGCCGAUAGAUGGCACGACAAUCACAGUACCUCCGGGACAGAAUUUUACAACAGUUCUAUCAUCUAGUAGUCCGAGGAGUGGAAUAAACAUUCAGGAGAUCCAGACCGUCUCCCCACUCGGUGCCUGGAAGAGUCCACUGAGUUCCAGUGGUGGACAGUGGUCAGUGCAGGUGGACUGGACGCCCUCUGAGGAGAUGCGAGGACGGAUGGAGUACCUCUGUUUUAUGGCGAUUGACUCCGAAGGGCUGACGUCAGAGUUGAGGUGUAUCAGGCUUCAUGUUACAGAUAUCGUUACAACAGAGCCUCCAACGACCAGUACUACAACUAUAACCACAACAUCGACCUCUGCCACAACGACUACGACCACAACGACUCCAACAACAACAACGUCUACAACUACUACAAGUACAACAACUACAACAACACCAAAAACUACAACAACUAGUACAACAUUGUCCACUACAACUACAACAAGAACAACGUCAACGACAUCUAAACCGUCAACUUCAACUAAGUUGUCGCAAUUGUCUAGUAGGACUUCUCCAGCAAGCAGGAUUUCCUCAGAGACAUCCACCACAUAUACUGAUAUAUCCACAAGGUCAAACGAAGGUCAACUUUCAUCUACAACAGAACUUCCAAAAGAACCCUCCACAUCCGCCAGUGCCGAAAUCGAAUUAGCAAGUUAUACUCUUCAACCAACUGGUGAAACCGGGCUCAUGGUUUCAACAGCGCAAUUUCAUUCAGCCCAAAGUUGGGUAACAUCAACAUCUGCGCCAUCAACAGUUCAAAGUCCCCUGACAUCGCUAUCUGCGACAGCCACAUUUCAGAGUUCAGCAACUGGUGAAACCGGGCUCAUGGUUUCAACAGCGCAAUUUCAUUCAGCACAAAGUUGGGGAACAUCAACAUCUGCGCCAUCAACAGUUCAAAGUCUCCUGACCGCCACAUUUCAGAGUUCAGCAACAUCGUUAUCAACUCAGAUCACAGCACAAACUUCGCCAUCAUCGAUCAUUUCUUCGGCCGCAAAUUCGGUCUGGCCUACGACUGUGAUAGGUAUUUCGCCUUCCAGCGCCGAUGUUUAUUCAUGGGUUACCUCGACAACGGAAAGCGCUUUUCGGUAUUCUUCUGAAUUCUUGGUUGUAUCUCCCUCAGUAGGGAGCUCAAAUUAUCCAAGGAACAAUAGUAGUAGCGAGACUGUGUCAGUUGUGACGUCACGGGCAGAAACUGCCGUGCUAUAUACUUCUGUCCCAGAAACUGCAGAAUUAUCAAUUCAAAGUUCAAUGACCACGCCUCCUGGGACCGCCUCCAUACAAGGUUCGGCAACAUCAUUAUCAAAUGCGAUCACAGCACAAGGUUUGUCAUCAUCGAUACCUUUUUCGGGUGCAAAUCCGUCCUGGCCAACGAUCAGGAUCAGUACCGAUCAUCUUAGAAGUAUACAUUCAUCGUCCUCUAGUGAAUAUUUUAGUCAUGAAGUCACUUCGGAGUCAUUUGAUCCUGGAGGGUCACCCAGUGAAGUCACAACGGGCUUGAACGUCGUGGAGACGUCAUUCUCAUUUUCUGUUUCUGAUAAAGCACAAACAGACAUUUUAUCUAGUUCAAGAAGAACAUUUUCUGGAGGUAAUAUGCAAAGUACUGUGACCAGUGCUCAGCCUGUUUUGUCCACAGAGACAUAUGAAACAACGAAAAACUAUUACUCAUCUAUGGAGAUUUCAUCGCCACGUGCAGUGAGUAGUCGACGUCACUCAUUGCAAUCUCCAGGCAUUCUCCCAUCAUCUGCGCGUCAUCAUUCUUCAAUUUCAGUUAUUUAUCCAUCAUCGUCAUCACAUUUAUCUCAUAUAUCGACAUCUACCCAAAUGACACAGACAAUCAAGUUUGAAAGUAGCAGCUCGUUAUUGCCUUCGAACAAUGAGACGCGAGGGGGCGUUGAUACCCAAUCUAGUGCUACCGAUCCUGACUUUCUCAUGACUUGGUCCUCUCUCGGACUUGCAGUACUUGCUCUUAUCGGGUCAGUCAUUUCUGUUGUCCACUGUAUUCUGACAGGCCGCCACUACGAGCGCAACAGUCAGCUACACACCAGCAGUGCCAAGACAAACUCAACUCAGGGGACGAGACUCAGUUCUGACGUGUCGUCAAUGGCAGGAGUAGCGGCAUUGGCUCAUCUCUCCGAGCAAGGUGACCUGAAACUCACUUGGAGCUUUCAUCCAUUGGCAACAACAAUGUUAAAACAGCCGUUCAAAAUCCCUAGACCAAAAUGCAAGACAGCCCAUCACAGAAACUGGAGAGAUUAUGAAAUCUAAACAUUUUCCCCAAAAAUACUGAAAAAAGACCUAUAAAUGUACAUGUAUGAAGACGGAUGUUAAAAGCCGAAGCCUACUGUCUUUCAGGACUAAAAACAGAUCAUCACCCGAAGCCCUUCUUGCAAUGUGGUCUAGGAGCGUAUCUACGGAAAAAAGUGCCUAUGGCAAGCGCUGACAAUACUUAUGUUGAAAUAUUUGACAGACACUUUUCGAAAACUUAUAGAAAGACAUUUAUGACACCCCCUUAAAGUUUCGCCCAGGGCACUUGCCAGUGACUGAUAUACCCUGUUUACUUCUCUGUGAUAUGGCAAUACCAUGACUGUCUCUAACUUACUGUCCGUUUAUAUCUUAUUCUUUAUUUUGUCGGUACCCAUUUCCCAUUACAAUAAAGUGAAUUUUAC